UUAUUUAAAAAAAACUGCGCAGGGAUGUACUGACUGAGCGUUAGUGUGAGAUGUUGAACUCGCCUUGGAGAAUGACUAAAGAACGUUCAAUGGAAUGCCAGGUUUGGGGGAGCUGUGCACUGAUCCGCAACUUACUUCCGUGAAAUUUGCUAGCAAUUUGCUCUGAGACGGCACACUACAAACGGGCGUAAACAGCGUAGACGUGUUCAACUGAAUGAAAAGAGUCUUUAUCGGCGAUUCGUGGAAAAUUCUCGGUCUUGAUGAGGAAAGGGUCGACUUUGGACGAGGUAAUUUGAGACUGGUGUAUUAAUGUUUUUGAGUUUUUUUUAUACCUGCAUGUAUGCGUUUUGAGGCUGUGAUAGUUGGGUAGCCUAAUGUCUUGGAACUUCGCCAACACUUAAAACUUGGAGGAAGAACUGUUUUCAUCUGGAGUUCGAUGUAGUUCAGUCACACAUUCAAACUCUUCAGAACUGAGCUCACAAAACGGGCUGGAAUUAAUACACCAGCAGGCAUCGAUAGUCGUUCAUACUCUAUUAGGCCUGUUGAAUAGAGGUAACCAUGCGCCUUUUGGAUUUGACGCUUAAAAGAAAAGUUGAAGAAAAGCAGCUCAAUCUCUGUUCGUGGAGUAUAUCUGUAAUGGUUGUCCUCCAUGUCAUCGGAUUCGCUCCGUCCUCCGCCUGUCCCAGCGAAUGCGUAUGUUUCAAUACAACAGUAAAAUGCGUAAACCAAGACCUCAAAGCAAUUCCUAAACCCCUACCUGAGGACACCAAGAUACUGUUUGUAACGGGCAAUAACAUUAUGCGUCUCUCCUCGGAUUCCUUCCCUAGCCCCCUCAAACAACUUACCAAUGUCCAUUUGACUGGGAAUCGUAUAGAGGAGAUAGAUUCUCGGGUAUUUAAUAAUAUCCCAAACUUAAGUCUGCUUGACCUCAGCAACAACAGGAUACGAGAAUUCAGUGCAGACGCGUUAGCCGCCGAUAACUCAUUGCUUACGCUAAAUCUGAGCAGAUCCCUGUGCAAUUACUCGUACACCGGUGAAAUAUCUCGUCUAUUGCACAACACUCCGAAGCUUUCCAAACUGGAUUUGUCAAACAACGACUUGGUUUUGCUACCAGACGACAUGUUCUCUAGUCUGUUGGACAUAAUUUUUUUGGAUUUGCGCAACAAUUCCAUCGUGUCUGUAAGCAGCGGGACUUUGAGAAACCCCCUCCUAGGUCUAUUAGAUUUACGGGAAAACGCUUUGAAGGAGCUAUCAAAUGGAACAAUUGCCGACUUCAGCAUCAACCCCAACCUACGGAUCCGGUUGACUGGCAACCCGUGGGUAUGCGAUUGCAGUAUCGUGGACAUGCAGGAGUGGUUGAGGAAAAACGAUCAGGUUUUGGAUAAGGAAAACAUUACCUGUAAUAGCCCGAGUUACUUCAUGGGGGAUUCACUGCUAGAGGUUCAGUCCUCUGAGCUUACGUGUAAUUUCAAUGGAGACCUGGAGGGGGUACUGGAGACAUCUUAUGUCUUUCUGGGCAUGGUGCUGGCACUAAUCGGGGUCAUCUUUCUGCUGGUGCUCUACCUGAACAGAAAAGGCAUCAAGCGGUGGAUUUACAACAUCCGGGACGCCUGCAGGGACCACAUGGAGGGUUACCACUACAGGUAUGAGAUCAACUCAGACCCGCGGCUGGCCAACCUCAGUCUCAACUCAGAUGUCUGACACUCGGGCUUAAGCUCAGACCACACACCCAAACUCUGCAUGACUGGCCCUCCAGUGUGUGAAGUGGCUGCCCAUAUACCCGCCUGACCCCCUAACCCCCUCCCCAUCAUAGACUCUGAGGUAUUCAAUCCCCCCUCCCCAAAACGCCUUUCCACCAGACAGGACUUGAACUGUGCUUCAAGAGAGGAUUGUGACUCAGAGCAACUCAUACCUAAAACCAUGUGAAGUCUCUGCUAAUGUGUUUAGUCAUCUUUUGAUGUUGUUCAGUGCUGCAUGGAUUGGAAUGUCAUGACACAGGCAUUUGCAGACAAAGCCAUCAGUGAGAGGUUUUUAAACAUUUUUUUUUCUUACAUUUCUUCUCUAUCAGUAAGGGACUAUCCUGGACAAGGGUUGGUUUAGUAGACUACUGAACAUUAUUAUGAGAAGUGUACUUACUUGGUACACUGUGUAGUGAUGGAAAUGUCAGAUAUAUAUGCUACAGCUUCAUUCUCUUGCUCAAAAGUCUUGUUUCUGCCCAUUUUUUAGCUUUGUCUCAACCCAAGACAGAUAUGCUUGUUGAUGUGUUGCUGUAUUUUCUAAAACUUGCCAUGUAAUUUUAUGAUAUCAGCAUUGAAUCAGAGUUGUAUACCAUUUGUUUUUAUAUUCAAUAAUACUUGCUAGCUGAACAGGGAAUUGCCUCAAUUUUCCUUAAAGGUACUAGAAUCUCUCUGAUCUGGGAGAGGAAUGUGGAACUGUGUAUACUGAUCGAGAGGGUCACUCACUACAGACUUUGGGAUGAUGCCUGGACGGAUUUACUCUUUCAUACACACACACACACACACACACACACACACACACAUACUCAUUCCUCACCCGUAACGAGCAUGCCUCAUCACAGACAAAUUACACCUCUCCAGACCUAAAUCCUCAAACGGAGACAUCGGAAGCACAAAGGAAUGUCGCACAAUCUCAACAAGCCCUCCGUAAUCCUCCAGACAACUGGGAGUUUUUUGUCAUACAUUUUCCCCCACAGAGCAUUAAGCAGACAAUUAUAGAGAUAUGGUACCAUGUCAAAUGGCUCGGCCCCACAAUUAGGCCUGAUGGAUAAACUUUAAUGGACCACCAUUAAGUUCAGCUAACGACCAUCUCCAGAAAUGCCUGACUUCAAAGCACUCAAGUAUGACUGAGAGGGGUCAGGAAUAGCAGCUUUGCUGGAAAAAAAAUGCACAAAAUGAACAUUGCAGAGAAAGCGUUGAAGCUUUCAUCUUUGCCAUUUUUCUGUAUA